AAGAAUUUGUACUUUUUAUUAGCUCGCUUUGAAAAAUUAAUUAUGCCUAACAGGCUGACUGUCCUUUACUCUAAUGUACGAUCAGAAGAUUAAAUAACAGAUUUAGAAAAAAUAUAUAGCUAGCUAUAUUGAUCCUAAAUUUACGCAUAAGUUAUAUCUAAACAUCUAGCGCAAAAAAGUUUAAAAUCAAGUUGUGCUUGCAUCAUUUUCCCGACUUGUUGUUUAGCCAUUAUAGCUAUUAUAGCUAUAUAGCUGGCUAGCUAGAGGCUAGUUCUUUGUAACUGAACUAUAUAUGAUGUCAAUAGAUUUAAAUAAGACUUUCGACGAAGAUACCGAUUCAGAAACAGAUAAUUUUAUUGAACUUAAAACAAUACCAUUCCGUAAACGGCCAUCAUUACUAACAAUUGGUGUAGGAGGAAUGUCCAACGUGCAACAGAGUAAAAAGGGAGACCGAAAGCCUGGGUUAAAACAGAGAAUAUUUGGGGCAAGAAAACCCAGCAAAGGAAGUCCCAAAUUUGAUGUGGUCCGAAGCGUUGAGAUUCUUAACUAUACACAAAAAGGUGAUAGAGCUAAAGACACAAUAGAUGGAUCGAGAGAGCUAAGAAAGGGUUCCUUUCUGCCUGUUGGGCCAUGUAUCGUGCAUGGCCAUAGGUUAGAAGCACACCAUAAACCAACAUGGUGUGAUGUUUGUGAUGACUUUAUAUGGGGACUUUAUACACAAGCAAUGAGAUGCUUACAUUGUCGUUACACGUGUCACGCAAAAUGUGUGAAGUAUGUACAUUUGGACUGUCCAAAGGCUCCAACCUCUGAAAAAACACGUGAGGUUCUUAUGAAAGAAACCUUGGAAAUUUUGAGCGAGACAGAUGGUGCAACCGACGAGCGAAAAAUGAACAACAACCUCCCAAAUUUCGUGUCUUCGAUUUCCCAACUUCGUCGUUUGAUUGAAGAGUAUAACGACAAAUCAUCUCUCAUCAUGACACUGCACGAUGAUUGUACGUUCGAUGGCUUUAUUCGUGUCCACAUGAACAUGAACAGACCUGUAAAUGUAUCGUCAGACGUUAGUAAUCUUACGUUAAAAAAAGUACUAAGAACUAAGUCGGGCCGUCCUAAACGACCGUUGUUAGACUCCCGGAGACCAGUCACUGAACUAUUUUCAAGUGAUACCAUCGGAAGUAGCGGUGACUUUGUUUUCGAAGAUUCGGGUGUCAGUUCACAGUCUUCGUCAACACUAUCGUCUGUCGAUUCUGAAGCAUUGUCAUCAAUAGUAUCAAAAAAACCAAAGCGCACAGCCCGUAGGUUGAGUUUCUACAUGCCAAAGGAAACAUACAAACCUUUGCACGUGACCAGUACGACGACGGUAAAAGAGGUCAUUGAGGCACUGCUAACAAAAUAUAAUGUAACUGAUAACCCUAAGAAGUAUGCACUUUAUGAAAAAACAACUGGAGGUGGCAAGAACGAAGUUGUGUUCAGAAGACUUCCAGACGACGAACAACCCUUAGCUUUAUGUUUACAUUGGGGCGCCAAAAACUGCACAAAGUCAUUUUCACUUAAGGAGAACGAAGAUGGAACAGUUCAGUGGAUGAACUUUGAACUUCCUGAAUUGAGCAAUUUUUUAAAAAUUCUGCAACUAGAAGAGGACGAAUCAUUAGCACAGAUAUAUAACAAAUUCGAGUUGUACAGGGACGCUUUAAAACGUGCAAUAGAUUUCAAAACAACUGAAGUUACAUAUACGUCGGAAGCGUGAAUGGUAGACCAUGUUACCCUUUGUAUGUUUGAUGUUCAACAGCUGGAUAUGUUGACAUGGCAUCCUGUAUUGAAAAUAAAAAAAACAUCUUGCAAAAUCUUGAGAUGGUCUGUAUUAAUUUAGAAAUACGUUUCUCUUUCGGUUGCUCGAAAGAAAAACGGUUGAAGAAGCUCGCAAAAAAAAAACGAUUUAUACUUCAAACGAAACUACAUUGCCAUAGAUCACGAUGGCUUUCCGAAAAAUAGAUACAUUUCUUACUUUUUGUUCAGUUAUUUUUUUAUAUACAUAAUAACAUUAAAUUAUCUGUUUUAGUAAGCAACUUAGUUGUUUGUAAUAUCGUUAUAACUUUUUAAAAAUUAUGUGCACAAGUUGGUGUCAUUUUUGUU